UUGUUGUUUUGAAAUAACUUUUCCUGACAAUUUUAUAGAACUCUUGUAUUUUUGGUCGGUCUAAACGACAGUUGCAUUUACUAAAUGUUACCGAUUGAGGUCUUUACGUGUUUCCCCGGUCAGAUGUGGGACAAAGUGUUGUCAAAGGUAAAGAAAGCUGUUGUUUUCAUGGACGACAAGUGUGCUGAGAGUCUUCAUUGGAACGGUGGAGCUACAAGUGUAUUUGAGGCUGGGGCUCGUAAUUUAAAAGAGUUUUCAAGCCUCGAAGCCGGUGGUGAUAACGAACCAAAGGCUGUGUUUGUGAGCACUCUACUGAAGGGGAGGACAGCUGACAUUAUCAAAGACAUUAUUGGACUCAAGUCACUUUCAGUAUUGUGUUGUUUUCACCACCGUAACCCACUCUAUACAACUCCUCGCUAACAAUGUCACUGCUGAAUUAGAGGGGAACCCUGUGUUUGAGGAGUUUGGAGAGAAGCUGAGCGAGUGGAUGGAAGACAUGAACUACACCGCUGAAGUUAUACAUUGCUCCUGUGGUCUUCGCUCAGGUGUCACCACAGCUUCUUCUCACGCCAAUCUUCGCGCACCUGUUCCCGCUGUUGCCACAGGACCUCUAGACCAUCAACAUAAAGCGAACAGAGAAGAAGAGGUUUGUCAGUUUGAGUGAGGUUGACAUGCAGUCUCUUACUCCGGAGUUGCAGAUUGAAAUUAAAACCCUGGCCUGUGCAGUUAAUUCCAUGUUUGAGUCCACUAGCACCCGGCAGGAGAGCUUUGCAGUGGGUCCAAUGAACCUUCUUAUCGCUGGGGAACUGGCCAACCAUCCUCAAGCAAAAAGCCGCAGAAAGACUGCCACCAAUAAAGCAUCCAUCGUCUUCAUCGACAGGACACUGGGUCUAACAGGGGCUGCUGGUCACCAUGGUGACAGCCUGGUGGAGAAGAUCUUGACUGUGCUGCAACCUCUGCCAGGACACACCACUGAUGUUCAGGUGGACAUGCUGGAGCUCAUUAACCUGCAGCACAUCCCAGACUCCCAACCCACCCUGGCUCCAGGCUGCCUGGCACAGACCCAGUCGUCCACAGCCUGAUUGCUAUGGGAAACGAUGCUGGCCAGUAAGCAGAAGGUGGCUGUGAUGGAGGUUCGUAGACAGCUGGUGGAGGCCGCCAGCAAGGAGAACCUGC